AUGACGUCGACGGGAGCCGUCGAGCGCCUACUACGCGCCGAGCGCCUUCGCCGUCACGCGUCCCACCACGCGCACCGCCCUCUGUCCGCCCACCUGCCGCCGGCGCACAAGCCGCCCGGCCUGGCCCCCCGGAGGAAGAGGAAGAAGGGGAGGACGUCGGUCACCCCGUCCCGGGAGACCCCCGCCGUCCGAGAGGAGGGGGCCGGCGGGCCCGAGGCCCGAGAGGACGGCCGCGAUGAGGAGGGGGAGCCGGAGGGACCCCCGCGGCGACCUAAGUUUUCCGUCGGGAGCGACGAGGAGGACGUCCGUCGGCCCCCGGAGCCCCCCAGGACCCCCGGGCGGAGUCCGGAGCGGAAGCCCGAGGACCCCCAGAGCCCUCCGGGAUCGCGGCCGUGGGCCCCGAGGGGCGGGGAGAAGAGUCGGCCGUGGAGCCCGGCCGCCGGCUACGACCUGAGGGGGCGGCUGUGCCCGGGCAGCGCCCUGGACGGGGCCGGGAGCGAGGACCGCCGCGCGCCCACCGACGAAGCGGAAGCCCGGAUGCUCGGCUCGGCCGACCUGGACGACAUGAAAAGUCACCGGCUGGAGGACAACCCCGGUGUCCGGCGUCACCUGGUGAAGAAGCCGUCCCGGAGCCCGGACCCCCGGCGCGGCUCCCGGGGUCCCGUGUUCGUGGAGAUGAACGAGCUGCUGCUGGAGAAGGGCCAGGAGCCUCAGUGGCGCGAGACGGCGCGCUGGAUCAAGUUCGAGGAGGACGUGGAGGAGGAGACGGAGCGCUGGGGCAAGCCCCACGUCGCCUCGCUCUCCUUCCGCAGCCUCCUGGAGCUCCGCAGGACCAUCGCCCACGGGGCCGCGCUGCUGGACCUGGAGCAGACCACCCUGCCGGGCAUCGCCCACGUGGUGGUGGAGACCAUGAUCAUCUCCGACCAGAUCCGCCCCGAGGACCGGGCCAACGUGCUGCGGACCCUGCUGCUCAAACACAGCCACCCCAACGACGACAAGGAUGGCUUCUUCCCCCGGAACCCGUCCAGCUCCAGCGUCAACUCGGCGCCGGGAAACCACCACCCCGGCCCCGGCCCCGACCCCCGCGGCCCCCUCGCCGGAGAAGACCCCGGGGACCCCGCGUCCUCCCGGGACCUCGACGCCAGGGAGAAGAGCCUGCACCUGCCCGGAGGGGACGGACACCGUGGGAAAUGCCUCAAGCUGCUGGAGAAGAUCCCCGAGGAUGCCGAGGCCACCGUGGUCCUUGUGGGGUACGUGCCGUUCCUGGAGCAGCCGGCCACGGCCUUCGUGCGCCUCAGCGAGGCCGUGCUGCUGGACUCGGUGCUGGAGGUGCCCGUGCCCGUCCGCUUCCUCUUCGUCCUGCUCGGGCCUCCGCAGGCCGCCGUCGACUACCACCAGGUGGGCCGCUCCAUCGCCACCCUCAUGUCGGACCAGCUGUUCCACGAGGCGGCCUACCAGGCGGACGACCGGCAGGACCUGCUGGGGGCCAUCAACGAGUUCCUGGACUGCAGCGUGGUGCUCCCGCCCUCCGAGCUGGAAGGCCGACACCUGCUCCGCUCCCUGGCCGCCUUCCAGCGGGAGCUGCUCAGGAACCGCCGGGAUCGGGACCGGGACCGCCGCGCCAAGCCCCCGCGGCGCACCGAGGCCCCCGCCCCCGGGGGAGGCCCGGCCCACGGAGAGCUGUGGGCGGUGGGCGGCGAGAGACCCCCGGAGGAGGAGGAGCAGGACGACCUGCGUGACGCCCUCGACCCCCAGUGCCUGGCGGCCGUCAUCUUCAUCUAUUUCGCCGCCCUCUCCCCCGCCAUCACCUUCGGGGGGCUGCUGGGGGAGAAGACGGAGGGGCUCAUGGGCGUCUCGGAGCUGAUCGUGUCCACGGCCGUGCUGGGGAUCGUGUUCGCGCUGCUCGGGGCUCAGCCGCUGCUGGUGGUCGGCUUCUCGGGCCCCCUGCUCGUCUUCGAGGAGGCCUUCUUCAAGUUCUGCGAGGCCCGGGGCCUGGAGUACCUGACCGGCCGCGUGUGGGUGGGGCUGUGGCUGGCGGUCCUGGUGGUGGCGUUGGUGGCCGCCGAGGGCAGCUUCCUGGUGCGCUACAUCUCGCCCUUCACCCAGGAGAUCUUCGCCUUCCUCAUCUCCCUCAUCUUCAUCUACGAGACCUUCCACAAGCUCUACAAGGUCUUCGCCGAGCACCCGCUCCUGCCCUUCUACCCGCCGGAGGCCGCCGCCCCGCCGCCGUGGGGGCCGGAGGGCGUCGCGGAGGUCGUGAACGGCAGCGGGGAGCCCCCCGCCGGCACCGCCCCGCCCGGGGGACGCCCCCCGGCCCGCGGCCCCCCGGCCGGACCCCGCAGUCGGCCCAACACCGCCCUGCUGUCCCUCAUCCUCAUGCUGGGGACCUUCCUCAUCGCCUUCUUCCUGCGCAAGUUCCGCAACAGCCGUUUCCUGGGGGGCAAGGCCCGGCGCCUCAUCGGGGACUUCGGCAUCCCCAUCUCCAUCCUGCUCAUGGUCCUGGUGGACUAUUCCAUCCCCGACACCUACACUCAGCCCCCCCCCCCGGAGCGCCCCCGGCCCCUGACGGCGUCCCCCCUCGCUCCCGGUGUCCUCCUUCCCUCUCGGCCCUCUCGGCCCUCCGUGCGUCCGUGGGUCGGGGGGUCGGCCGGCGGACAGAAGCUGACGGUGCCGUCGGGGCUGUCGGUGACGUCCCCGGAGAAGCGUUCGUGGCUGGUGCCCCCGCUGGGCAGCGCCCACCCCUUCCCGCCCUGGAUGAUGGUGGCCGCCGCCCUGCCCGCCCUGCUCGUCCUCAUCCUCAUCUUCAUGGAGACCCAGAUCACCGCGCCUCAGCCCGGGCCUUCCCCGCUCCCCGAGCCCCCGGCCUCCGGGCCGGGCCGGGCCGGGCACUCCGCGGACACGCCGGCCCCCAUCCCCGGCCUGAGCCCGGCCCCCCGCCCUCCCCGUGGCUCGCUCAGGCUGAUCGUCAGCCAGAAGGGACGGCGGCUGCAGAAGGGGUCGGGCUUCCACCUGGACCUGCUGCUGAUCGGGACGCUGGGCGGGGUGUGCGGCCUGUUCGGGCUGCCCUGGCUGACGGCCGCCACCGUCCGCUCCGUCACCCACGUCAACGCCCUGACCGUCAUGCGCACGGCCAUCGCCCCGGGAGACAAGCCCCAGAUCCAGGAGGUUCGCGAGCAGCGGGUCACCGGCCUCCUCAUCGCCGGACUCGUCGGGCUGUCGAUGGCGAUGGGGGCGGUGCUGCGGCGGAUCCCGCUGGCCGUGCUCUUCGGCAUCUUCCUCUACAUGGGCGUCACGUCGCUGUCGGGCGUCCGCCUGGCGCAGCGCCUCCUCCUCCUCCUCGUGCCCGCCAAGCACCAUCCCGACCGCCCCUACGUCACCAAGGUGAAGACGUGGCGCAUGCACCUGUUCACGGGGAUCCAGCUGAGCUGCAUCGCGCUGCUGUGGGCCGUCAAGUCCACCGCCGCCUCCCUCGCCUUCCCCUUCCUCCUCCUCCUCACCGUGCCGCUCCGACGCUGCCUCCUGCCCAGGCUCUUCCGACAGCGCGAGCUGCAGGCCUUGGAUUCGGAAGAGGCGGAGCCGAACUUCGACGAGGACGGGCGGGACGAGUACAACGAACUGCACAUGCCCGUGUGA